AUGCAUAAGCACCACUUCUUGAGCCCGUCUUAUGAGAAACCCUGGAGGAUCCGCGUCUCCAGCCUGGCACACUGGGAAGCGGAAGGGGACCGCGCUCUCCGCUGCCCGCCUGGCAGCCACCGCCUGGGCAGCGCCGGGUGCGGGGCGGAGCGGCAGCACCGGGGCUCCCUGGCUUGUCGAAGGUGUGAGGGCGGACGGGGUGAACGGACUAGCRGAGGAGCGGCAAAUGCCAGGCAGGAAAAAGACAAGGCUUCUGCAAGAGCGCUGUCAUCUCCUCAGGGGGAGCGAGUCUCACCUCUGCCUAGGGACUCCCUUUCCUCCGUGCAGAGGCUCUUCUUCCCGGGAGAUGCCCCGGGCCAGGACACUGCGCUGCCGCCGCCGAGGGGCAACCGGCCGGCCGCUAUCACUGGCCCCGGUCCCGCCGCAGCGCCCGUCGGGCACUCGCUGCURCCGGAGCUGUCCCGUCGCUUCUCUGCUCGCUGCCCCUCUGGGAGAGCUCCCCUUCUCGGGUCUUCCAUCCCGCGGUACGAGCACACGGCAGUCUGCCCUAAACCUUCUCUUUUGGAAAACAGCUGGAAACAGGACCGGGGAGGAAACAGACUUAGUCGGCAAGAGAAGGCACGCCGGCAAGCAGACCYCAGUGAGCCUGCACAGCUUCCCCGGCUUUCCACUUGUCCUUGCUGCGUCUUCUAUGACCAUAARCCUCUCCAUUCAACACCACAGCUUGUCCGGAGAGCUUCAGGGGUUCCCUUAUGCUGGCAGCAGCUGCUGUUCCCAAGUGAAACAGCUGCCACAUUCUCCUUCUYGAGGAUGCCUCCCAGAAUGGGCUGCUUCUUCUGAGAGGACACCACAGCCUCCAAUUUGGCAGGUAAAAUUUUGCAACACCAAAUCCUUCCAUCUGUGGUUUCAUGUUGUCAGUUCAUUGCAGGAACUAAUAGU